AUGGAGAAAACCUCUUUAAAUGAGACUUCUUUUGCCACGAACAUGAACUCUUCCAACAAGCAAGAGACGGUGUGUGUGUUUGGAACGGGAGACUUUGGAAGGUCCCUAGGCAAUAAGAUGUUCCAAUGUGGCUCCUCUGUGGUUUUUGGAAGCCGAAACCCUGAGCUAUCCAGUUGGCACCCCAAAGGAAUUGAAGUCUUGAGCCACCCAGAAGCUGCCAAGAAGUCUGAUCUUAUCAUCAUAGCAAUCCACAGAGAACAUUAUGAUUUUCUUACACAGUUUGCUGAAGAACUCCGAGGAAAAAUAUUGGUGGAUAUCAGCAACAGCCUUAAAAUUAAUCAAUAGCCCAAAUCCAAUGCAGAAUAUCUUGCUGAACUAGGGCCGGGAGCCCAAAUCGUGAAAGCAUUUAACACAAUCUCAGCCUGGGCUCUCCAAUCAGGUAGCCUGGAUGCAAGCAGGCAGGUAUUUGUCUGUGGAGAUGACAAGGAAUCUAAGCAGAGGGGGAUGGAUAUUGGCCGUGCCCUUGGACUUGCUCCAGUAGAUCAAGCAUCUCUCAUGGCAGCCAAAGAGAUUGAAAACUACCCCCUGCAACUCUUCCCAAUGUGGAAGUUCCCUCUGUAUCUCUCUGCUAUCUUAAGUAUUUUCUAUUUUGUUUACUGUGUGGUAAGAGAAAUCAUCUACCCCUAUGUUCGUGAAGGGAGAGACAGCACAUUUUUCUUGGCCAUUUCUAUUCCAAAUCAUAUCUUCCCAGGGUUGGCUCUUAAUCUUCUUGCCCUGGUUUACCUCCCUGGAAUCAUUGCUGCCAUCCUGCAGUUGUACCGAGGCACCAAAUAUAGCCGCUUCCCAAACUGGCUUGACCACUGGAUGCUUUGCAGAAAACAACUCGGAUUUGUGGCACUGGCUUUUGCCUUCCUCCACGUUAUAUACACGCUCGUGAUACCCAUCCGCCAUUAUGUGAGAGGGAAGUUUAACAGCAGAGUGAUUGAACAGAUAAAAACCAAUAAGACUGAACAUUUUAACCCGACUUCUUUCUGGCUCAGAGAUUCUUACCUAGCCCUGGGCAUACUGGGAUUUUUUUUAUUUGUUCUUUUGGGAAUCACUUCCUUGCCAUCAGUUAGCAACAUGGUGAAUUGGCGAGAGUUUCGAUUUGUCCAGUCCAAACUCGGUUACCUGACACUGAUCUUGUGUACAGCACACACCCUCGUGUUUGGUGGGAAGAGAUUCCUCAGCCCUUCGAUUCUUAGAUGGUAUCUCCCUUCAGUCUACGUGCUAACUCUCAUCAUCCCCUGUAUAGUCUUGGUCCUGAAGUUCAUCCUGGUAAUGCCAUGCUUUGAUCAGCCACUCACAAAGAUACGGCAAGGCUGGGAAAGAAACUCCAAGAAGGCCCAGUUCGGAAAUGGCAACACUGAGGUGUGA